ACCUUGUCAUAAAACUAUGAUUCGAAAUGAAAAUAGUGCAUCACGUAUUCCUUUAUACAAUAAUAUAACAAGAACAAUAUAAUAGUUUGUCUACUUUUCUUCACUUUGUCAAAACCUGAAUAAGAAACACAACAUUAUGCAUCCAUCUGUAUAUAUGCGACUGUUGCAAUUCUGAAAAUAUCGAGCUGCUGUAUGUAGUAUGAGUUACAGAGCAGCGCGAAUAUUGAUAAAAAGUUACAGAUCAGCUUUACAUCAUGAUUAGUCCAUUUCAUCAAAAGAAAAUGUAUUGUGCAAAUUGUCGCACAACACAUCUGGUAUUUGGCAUCAUUAUAGUAGCGACCAUAAUAUUUUAUUCAACAUUGAGUGGCAGACCAUUUGACAUUGAAAUAAAACGUUACGCUGAAAUACGAGCUAAUAGCUCGGAAAAGUAUCGACUAUCAUCACAUGCGACCAAUGUAACUUUCCAAGAGUUAAAGCAGCAGAAUGGAAUCAUUCGUACCAGAAAAUGUGGAUUUUUCUCGUUUCUUUCUAACGGAUGCGGUACAUCGAAUAUCACUAAUGUGCUGAAGAAACUGGGAGAAUUUCAGCUAGUAACGAACGCUUCGAUUCUGAAAGCUGAAAAUGAUAACGACUAUAUACAAAAAAUAGACAAAACAUUCGAAUAUCAGUCGGAAAAUGCCUUCAAAAGAAAUGCUACCACAAAUAAUAAGAUCGUUGAGCACAAAGUAAUUGAAACGUCGGCAGAGAUUGUCAUCAAAACGAAGGACAUCUAUGAAAAGGGACAUUUCGAGGAUCCUAGUAGUAUUAAAAAUAUUUGCCCUAACAAGGGUUCUGAUAUAAAUUUACUCAUCCUCAUUACGUCGGCCCCAACUCACCGAGAGCAACGACUUUCAAUACGCCAAUCUUGGGGGCAUUACGGAAUACGCCGAGACAUAUCCAUUGGUUUUGUACUAGGAAGAACUCAGGACCAGCGAAUUGAAGAUCAACUGGCUGCCGAGAAUUAUAUGUACAGUGAUCUAAUUAGGGGCAAUUCAAUUGAUAGCUACCGUAAUCUCACCUUAAAGACGAUUUCGUUGCUUGAAUGGACUAGCACGAAUUGCCCGAAUGCUACGUAUCUACUUAAAACUGACGACGAUAUGUUUAUUAAUGUGCCGAAAUUGCUCCACUUCAUAGAGACACAUCUUGGUUAUAAGCGUACGAUAUUCGGACGGUUAGCAAAAAAGUGGAAGCCAAUUAGGAAUAAAAAAUCGAAAUACUAUGUUAGCCCGGAACAGUAUUUUCCUCCAGUAUUUCCUCCAUUUACAACUGUUUUUGUUUUUCCUUCAACCGAGCGAUACUUUCCACCAGAUGAUAGCCGCUUCGCCAGGAUAUUCUGCUUUUAAAGGACAUACUGUCUUCAGUUGCACAAUUGAAGCAGGUCUACGACCGAUCACUUAUGGAAUCCAUGACCUUGGCACAAGAGAAGUGCCACCAGGAAUCACAAACGUCGCACUGGACAAGAUUGUCCACAUCAUCUGGUCUGUCACAGGCUACACAGUUGCCUUUACUGGACGUAACAGUCAUUCGAAUCUGUUUAGGCAUGUUGCUUUCUUUGAAGAAUGUCGCCGGAGGCCGGAAAAAAAGUCAUCCACUGCGUUUUGAUAGCUGUUUAUUUGCUUCAAAGCUGGAAUAGAUUGUUUUCAUAUACAUGGUCAUAAGAAGAUAUUUCGUAUUAACUUACAAAGCAGUGGGCCUUAUCCAAUUUAUGAGCCUCCAGAAAUUGAGGUUAUAUAAUUUAAUUUUCCUGUCAAGCUGAUUAAAUUGUAGAUAUUAUUUUUUAACAUCUAAAAAUUAGGUUCCUACAUAUGUUU